CGUCACUGUAAAAUACCAUCGAAGAAGUCGCCAGGAGGUGUGGCACUAGAGCGGAAGUAAACAGACAGCUAAAUGGUGUAAUGGACGAACAGAGCUCCUUGAGCGAGCCGGCAAGCAGCCCGUUGUAAUAAAUUGAACUGUAAAUAAAUACAUCGUCCUUUUUCAAACGUUGCAAAAUCUACAGAGACUCGCCGUAUCCAGACCUGCUUGAAAGUAAAUGAUUAUAAGUAGGUUACACAUCCCUAACUAGGUAGCUAACAUACAAUGGCUAAUGCCGUUAACCAGAAGUUUCAUUCACAGCUUAGUUGCGUUGUCGACAAAUUGGCAAUCACGGCUGUGAAAGAAAUCUCAAAACUUGUAGAUGAUGGAUUUGCGAUACUGCAUGUGGAAAUUUCACGAAGUCACAAAGAAAACGAAGCACUAAAAUGCAAAAUACAGACGAUGGAGCUUCAGAUGGCGCGAGGAUGUGUGGAGAAGACGGGAAUGCUCACCAAGUGUCGUUGUGAAGAGACCCCAAUUACAACCACAAAUGGCGUCUUUGCAGAACAUAUGGACGUGCCAAAGAUGGACGCAGAACACCCGUCUCGGCACGAUAGCACUCCCACACCAUCUACUGACAUGAGGACAGAGUGUGCAGACACGGAGGAGGGAACGACUGAAUGGGUUCUUAUAAAGGAGGAGAGUGUGGUUGAGGACAGAGACCCACAGGGAGAGAUGAACUCCAGGGAGGAGAAAUCUGUGGAGUGGAGGGCAGGCAGCCAGGAAACGCAGAAUAAAGCAGCGAAUCACACAGGGCUCACUGAGCAGCACAGGACCAGACGCGGUGUUUGGGAGGUCAGUGGACUGGGAUCUGCACUUAAAACAGAGACAGAGACAGAGACAGAGAGUGCCAAGACCCUUCAGCACACAGGAUGUGAGCAGAGCACAGGAAGACUCCACAGUUCAUGUCCUGAGUACUUAACGUGUGAGAGAACUCGUCAACUGAGGACUUUCUGUACACAGGGGGCUGGUGAAACAGAGGCUGAUGUUCCCUCCUGCUCUUAUGCUACAGAAAGCAGCUCUGAGAGCCUGUCCAUUCACUCAGGGCUGCAGUCACUUCCUCCCCCAGGGAAAGGUGCUGGCAGUAAUCUGUCAUUUGGGCCUCUUGAUGGGAAACCAGAGGCUGUAAUGAUAGAUUCACCGUCUGAAGAAGAGGCUGAGAUGCACUCUGCAUGGAAUGAAGAGACCAUUUCAGAAAAUACUCCAGCACAACAGAAACAUUACAGGCAGGAGAGACCAUUUAGCUGCCAACAGUGUGGAAAGAGCUUUGUUCAUUUAUCUAAUUUAACAAUUCACAGGAGAGUCCACACAGGAGAGAAACCGUACAGGUGCACACUGUGUCAACAGCAAUUUUCACGUUCAGGUAGUCUAAAUAGACAUUACAGAGUUCACACAGGAGAACGGCCAUUUAGAUGCACAUAUUGUGGUAAGUGUUUUUCCGAGUCAGGUAAUCUAACAAAACAUCAAAGGCUUCACAGUGGAGAGAGACCAUUUAGAUGCACAUAUUGUGGUAAGUGUUUUUCUGAGUCGGGUAAUCUUAGAAAACAUCACAGGGUUCACAGUGGAGAGAGAGACCAUUCAGACGUAAAUCUCAUCUGAAGUCCUCUUCAAUACAAACAUUUUAAAAGCACCAGCAGAGAGACCAUAUGCUUCUGCUUCGUGCAAGAGAAGUUUCUUUAGCAAGGAUAAAUCAGAUGAGGGAGUAAUCUGCAGUGUGUUUAUGGGACACAAAUGACGCACCAAUCAUGGAAUCGGCUAUAUAUAUAUAUAUAUAUAUAUA